GAGAAGCUGAUUAUUCCAACAGCCAUUCCUUCCACCACUACCUUGAGAACUCCUUCCCAAAAUUCAUCAACCUGCACUCUCUCUGGCCUACCCUGUCACCUCUUCCGUUCUGGAUUGUCACCUAGAGAACGAGCUAAUACUUCUGGUCUCUAAGGUUCAUUGUCGCGUUUUCUCGAUAGUCCGUCUCUCCAGCCCGUAUUGUUUGUCAUUUCCUGGGAUACAAGCGUAGAACGGGUUCUCACAAGUGUUGAUCAGACAGAUGAUUAUUUAGAGUGUUCAUUGGCUUCGUCGCCUGUCGCAAUCUGCUCGGUGGGAACUGCUAUCAAGAUGGAACCUACCAUUUUAGAGAACAUCCAGCUGACGCUUAACCCAACCCGAAGCAGGUGCGAGGUAUUAAUUUCGGCCAAUGGCAGCACGACGGUACUCUCAUCGGGGCUCCUCAAGCCGUUCGCGAGCCACAUCAAGGCGGUCGAGGAGCAGCUCAGCAGCGGCUCGCACCUUAUCAAGCUCGACCCUCGCAAACGCACGGCUUUUCUGAAGCUUCAGAGGCAGAAGCUGCGAGGUUAUGUCCCGGCGGAGGAAGAGGAGGUCGGCGCGGAUGUUGACGAACUGAUCUCCUGGUUCACGAGGACCACGGUGGAAAGGGCGGUAUCGUUCAUCAGCUCGCCGGGCCUCAUCGAGCACGCCGUGGCCAUCGAGAGGGAGCUGCUGCACCUCGAAGACUCGCUCACAGGCGAUCCCUCGGCCGCUGCUGACUACGGCCAGAACGACUCCAAGUCUGAUGCAGAAUGCGACGGCGGCGAUCGUGGCAUGUCGCUCACUCGCGACAGCUCGCUUCGUGGGCGACGCUCCAGCUCUCGCUCGCCGUCGCCCAUCCGCCGACUCAUUCAGAACGGUCUGCGAACAGUGGCGGAGAGCAACGCCGACGAAGAAGGCGGCGAGCUCAUCAUGCGCAUCCGCAAGGCUAUGCAGAUGCGGUUAGGCAUGCUGAGGCGGGAGCAGAACGUGGCAGUGGCGCGGGCAGCAGCAGGCGGCUUCACGCCUGAGAUCCUCUCGUCCCUCCACCUCUUCGCUGAUUGUUUCGAUUGCCCGCGCCUCAAGCAAGCGUGCAUCCAGUUCUCCGCGCUGCUCCGCCGCCGCGAGCUCCAGGCCAACCCGCCACCCGCGCCCUCCGCCGUCUGGGUCCCCCUCGCGCCAGAUACCACCGCCCCCGGUGCCCCCGCCCCCGCCAACUCCGCUGACGGCACCGAUUCCGGAGGAGAAUCUACCGCUGCUGACGCAGCGACUGGCUCGCUCGCUAUAGGUACACCUGUGGGCGGUCCUGCUGGUGCUAAUACCGGGCAUGGGCCGUUUUCGUUCGUCCCCAUGUAUGCGUCUGGCUCGAAUAUGUAUUCCCCCGGCUCCCCGUUCCCCUACGGGCUCGUGGCUGUAGCGCCCGGCGCUACAGCCGCCGCUGGUCCGUUCCCUGGUGCUACAGACGUGGCUGGGCUGGGGCGGGGAAUGGGCGGAGGAGGCUUGGCGGGGAUGGGGGGAGGGCCGCCGGGGGCGGUGAGGAUUGGGGGGAAGCCGGUGUUUGGGGUGCAUCACCACCACUACCACCGCGUGGGGGGAAGCGGGCGGAAGAACCGCGCGGCUGGGCGCAUGUCCCCCAAGCUCCGCUCGUGGGCGAAUAACGGGGGCGCGGGCAGCGCUGUCUCGGGUAAUGGUGAGGGGAAUGGAGAGAAUGAGGGGGAUGUGGGGCUGGAGAUUGCUGACGUCAGCAGCGCGCGGUACUAUGACUCGGAUUCCGGUCUCCCUGGGGGAAGGGCGCGCGGAGGCGGCGCAGGGGGAGCGGGAGGGGGCGCGGGAGGGGGGGAUGAUAUGGGGGUAAUGUCUGAGGCGGAGAGUUUCAUCAGCAGCGUCGGUGGAGAUGCGAUGAACGGCUCAGAUGCGGGGCUGCUGGCGCUGGGAAUCACGGGGCGUGUGGGGAGUGCUGGCGGGGCGUUUGCUGGCAGCAACGGCUGGAGCAGGGGGAAGGCGGGCGGGGGAGCGGGGGGCUUCAAGGGGGGGAUGGGGAGUCUCCGGCGGAGUGGGAGCGGGAGUCUGUUUUUGCGCCCGUCUGCUGUGGCUGAGGGCUCAGACGAGUUUGACGAUGACUACGCAGACGAGGAAGAGGAGGAAGAAGAGGGGGCGGGGCCUACAGGGCAAAGGAGGCAGCAGCAGGGGCAGCAGAAGCAGAAACACAAGCAGGGGCCGCAAGGGCAGCAGCAGCAGCAGCAGUCGCAGCUGGUGCUUGAUCCAGAGCUGAUGCGGAGGAUUCAGGAGGUUCAGCUCAUGCAGCCUGGGAACCAGGAGGAGGCGGAGAUCCAGCAGCAGAUGCUGCAAGACCUGCUGGCGCAGCAGCAGCAGCAGCUGCAGGUGCAGCUGCAGCAGCAGGAGCAGCUGCUCCAGCAGCAGCAGCAGAUUCAGCAGCUGAAGCAGGAGAAUGAGAAGCGGGAGGAGGAGAAGCAGCAGCAGCGGGAGGAGGAGCAGAGGGCGUUUGAGCAGCAGCUUGCGAGGGACGACUGGCUGACGGACCCCACAACCCUUGCUUUCAUGAAGCAGCCCAACAAAUCAGCAGCAGCAGGAGGUACGGGUGCAGGCGUGUCUGAUGGGGGGGUUCUCGGCCUUGGCGGCGGCGGUAGCAGCAGCGGGUCGGACUCUGGGCCGUUUUCAGACGAUUUCAUGCUUAUGUCUGGUAUGUCUGCCUCCCCUUCGCCUGACUACCACACUGCUGGAGGGGGAGGAGGAGCAGCAGCAGGAGGAGGAGCAGGAGGAACAAGUGAGGUGGCUGCUUUUGACCAUUCCCGCUCGCUUUACGGGGGAGGCAACCUGGAAGCGGAGAUGCUGGGCGCGGUGGCGGGCGCAGGCGCAGGGGGGGACUCCUCUGCCCGGGACUUCCUAGGGGAAGAGGCUCUCCGUGGCCCUGUGGACGAAUCCGGACCGUCGGAUCACGAGGAUCUGAUGGCGUGGGAGGCGUCGCUGGGGGAGGCCAUGCUGGUGGGGGGGGACGGCUCCUCCUCCUCAUCGUCGUCCCUCUAUGGGGAUGAUAUGGAGCUGAGUCUGGCUGCUGAGCGCGCAGCAGGAGCAGCAGCAGGGAGAGGCGUGGGGAGGAGGGUGGGAGCGGGAGUGGGAGGAGCGGGGAGAGGGAGGGGAGUGGUGGGGAGCGGUGUUGCGGGGAGAGUUGGGGUUGGCGCACGUGGGCGGAGUCUCUCGUCGUCUUCUGCGAUUGGUGCUGGUGCAGGGCGGGGCAGGGGGCGGGUGACGAAUCCGCAGGACCGGAUUUUGAUGGAGAUGGAGCGGAAGCAGCAGGAGGCUGCACGGCGCAGGGAGGAGGAGAAGAAGAGGCAGCAGGAGGCGCGGCAGCAGCACCUCAAGCAGCGGGCCUCAGGGCUCGUUCGCUCCACCUCCACCUCUGGAAUCGAGAGGCGCCGCACCACCACUGCAAAUUCCACUGGCAGUGGUGUUACUGGUAACCGCGCGGUUACGGCCUCCUCCAGUGGGACUGCGAGGGGUACUCUGGGGUCCCUUGCUGGCAGCAGGUCGCUCUCCCAGCACACGGCUUCCUCUGCUAUGAGACUCACUGCUGGUGCUGGCUCAUCAAGGACAGCUGGGCGUGUGGCUGCCCGACCCUCCAGCCCUGACCUGUCCCAGCCCGGGCAGCGGAAAGUUUUGUCCAGCCUGGGGGCAGGACCCCGCACUGUGACUGGUGGAGCCGCUGGGGUCAAGGGGCGCAGCCGUGACAUUGUGAACGCUGUUCCCUCUGCUGCUACUGCUGCUAGUGGUAAGGAGGAAUCCAAUGUAGAGUCGAAGCAGGCAGAACUGGCUGACCACCACCAGCAACAGCAGCAGCAGCAGCCUGAGGGUGUUGCUGCAGCAGCAGCAGAAAGCAGUGAUGUGAUGCUUGUUGAAGAUAUUUCAGAGGACGUCGCUGCAACCACUGCUGCUGCCGCUGCUUCUCUGCCAGCCUCAGCAGUGGAUGUCGUUGCUGCUGUAGAGCCAGCCGCCACUCAGUCUGCCACCUCUUCAGCUGCUGCUGCUGCUGCUGCUUCUGCUUCUGCUCCUGCUGCUGCAGGCCGCGCUCGUCGCACUGUGACCUUCCAGGAGCCUGAGACAGUCAGCAGCACUUCUCGGGGUAGCAAUCCCAGUGCUGCUCCAGGCGGUGAGCAGCAGCAGCAGGGGCAGGAGAAAGAGAGGGAGAAGCCAGGGAAGGAGAACAAGGGAAAGGAGGCAAGUGCGUCAACAGCAGCACUGGGCACAGUGGCAGGAGGAGUGGCAGUAGGGGGAACAGCUGGGUACCACCACCCCCCGGGCAUGCUGCAUCACUCCCCCUACGGACCAGUGCCAGAGGCUGGGAGCAUUGCCACUGGGCGCAGGGCAAGCAUGGAGGGGCAUGAUAAGCUGGGCAUGCUGAAUAAUGGUGUUCAUAUGACCACCAAUGCUUUUGGGUACAGUGCACCCCAUCAAAACCCCCCUGCUGCGCAUAUGCUUGUUCAGGGGGGUGGUCCUGGCUCUGCAAGCCCUGCAGCUGUGGGUUUUGGCGAGGGCCUCAGAGAGGCGAGGCUGAAGCAGGAGAAGGAGUAUCUGGAUAUGCUGAGGGAGAGGGAAGCCGCGUGGGCUGGAUCGGAGCAGGAUUCAGGGUUUGAGAAAAAGAAGGCAUCUGGUUUGAGGAAGCUGUUUGGUGGGUUUGGAAAGUAGCUGGGUUGUGGGCUGAAUUACUCGUUGUUAGGGCGUGGCAUGUGGACUACUUGGAGAUCGGCUAAAAAUGGGCCUUGUUUGGAGGUAGGAUAUUGUUCUGCUAUAACUUGGUAGUUUUGUUGUAAUAGCUUGUUUGGUUUCUCUUUACAAUAUUUCUGUCCAAUGGUACGAAAUUGAGAAAUGAACGCAUAAUACACUUUGCUUAGUGUU